UUGGAUAAGCUAAUAUUCGUCUGCGUCUUUCUUCUUUAUCUCUUAAGCUUAUAAAAGCCGAAAGAUGAACUUCUCUUCCCUUCAUUGACUGUGCGCCGUAAUAGCAAUAAAAAUGGCUUCCAUGAACACUGAAAUUGACAAGGCAGAAACUGUUCUUGAUGGAGCUAGUCAUGGAAAAGGGAAAUUGAUAAUGGUUUCAGGGUCGUUCUAUAUUGCCAAAGGAAAGCAUUCAAAACCACAAGGGGAAGAUGCUCAUUUUAUUUGUGUAGAGAAGCAAACAAUUGCGGUUGCAGAUGGUGUGGGCGGUUGCUCUCGUAAGGGUAUUGAUGCUGGAAUAUAUGCUAGACAACUCAUGGAAAAUGCUGUAAAAAUCCUGCUAAAUGAGCCUGGAGACAAUGUAGAUCUUUGUACACUCUUGUAUGAAGCUUACUUAAAAACCAGAGCUCAAGGCUCCUCCACAGCUUGCAUUAUAGCACUCCUAGACAAUAGCUUGCGUGCGGUGAAUGUGGGAGAUAGUGGAUUUAUGUUGAUUAGAAAGGGUGAAGUUAUAUAUCAAUCGCCAAUUCAGCAACAUAGUUUCAAUUACCCAUAUCAGCUGGAAUGUGAUGAAGUAGACAGGAGUCCAAGUUAUGCAGAGGAGUUCGUAAUUGCCGUGGAAUCUGGAGAUGUUGUAAUUGCUGGUACUGAUGGGCUAUUUGAUAACUUAUUUGCAACUCAAAUUGAGGAGGUAGCAAGGGCUGGGAUUCAACAAGGAUUAGAUCCACAAGAUGUUGCUUGGACAAUAGCUCAACAUGCUUAUCACAUCUCAAGAUAACAAUGCUUUUACUCCGUUUGCACAGGCUUCUACCAAGGCUGGACGAAUUCGUCAAGGAGGCAAAUCAGAUGACAUUACUGUCAUUGUUUCUUAUAUCAUUGAUGCAUAAGUGUCUCUCGUUGACAAGGGCAAAUAUAAUCCAACCUUAAUUAUUUUCCAAUUUCUAUCUUUCUUAAGCUCUCCUCUGGAGUUUUUCCUCGCGUCUCUGGUGAGGACUUCCUUCAAGGGUUAGGGCUUUUCCUGGCCUGUUAGUGUUUUGCGCGCUGUGGCCAAUGCUUGGUUUUAGGUCAGCAGUUGUGAUCACUAUUUUUCAUGUAAAUAUGCCUUUUAUAUAUUAUAUAAAGACCGCUUUUAUUUUUAA